UCGUCUCUCUCCGCCAUGCCCGAGCAGAGAGGGGAGGCUUUCGCUGCCUCGCAUCCCCAGUUUGGGCCAAGCAGCCUCUCCGUAAGCAUGUCGGGGUGCGAUUUCCCAUCGGUGAUAGAACUGAACAUCGGCGGCGUGCUCUACACCACCACACUCAAGACCCUCGUCAGCCAGCCCGACUCCCAGCUGAACGCCAUCUUCACCGGCAGGGAGCCGAUCACCCAGGAUGCCAAGGGUCGAUAUUUCCUCGAUCGCGACGGCGUGCUGUUUCGGUACGUGUUGGAUUUCUUACGCGACGGCACCGUGGUUUUGCCGGAGUGCUUCCGGGAGAGGGAGCGGUUGAAGAGGGAGGCGGAGAAAUACGCACUUCCGGGGCUAGUGGAGGCCAUCGCCAGCGAGAGCAGGAGUAGGCCGGCGGGAGUCAUCACCGUCGGAUACCGCGGCAGCUUCCAGUUCGGCAAAGACGGUCUAGCUGACGUCAAAUUCCGCAAACUCUCCCGCAUCCUUGUCAGCGGAAGGGUGACGUUAUGUCGCGACGUCUUCGGAGAAACCCUCAACGAAAGUCGAGACCCAGACCACGGCCAAUCCGAACGAUACACCUCCCGAUUUUUCCUGAAACAUUCCUUUCUGGAGCAAGCUUUCGACAUGCUCAUAGAACAGGGCUUCAAAUUGGCCGGAAGUUGUGGAUCUGGUACAGCAGGAUGUGGAGCUGAACCCAAACCAGGAGUCGAUGCCGAAGAAAACCGUUGGAAUCAUUAUAACGAGUUUGUGUUUGUGCGAGAGUAACUUUGACCAUUUGGACUUUAUUCGAAUCCCCUUCAUAUCGCAUUUAUUCAAAUUAUUACUGAGUAUUCAUAGAGUCAUGGCUAGGUAGGUGAAUAGGUGAAUAGUCUUUUUAUUUUCGGGGAAAUAUAAACUUUUGAUUGGGAUAUUCAAACUGAGUCAUGUCGCUGGUGCUGUGCUUCCAUUCAAUUUCAUCGGAAAGGGCGCAAUAAUGUAUUAAUGCAAGGUCGUCUGGUGUUAAAAAAAGACGUUGUGCGCAAAUAAAUACGUUAUAAUAAUAAACGCAUAACAUUUUUUAAUCCAAUUUUUGAAAUUGAGAACAUUUGGCCUUGUUAGAGGAAAAUUCUUUACUGAUUUUUCAAAUUUGUGAAGAAGUGAAUUUUUCCUCAUAAAGCGAGCAAAUCAAUCAGGCCAUAAAAAAUUUCAUAAAAAUGCUAGAAAAAGACAAAAUAAAAAUGUUCUUAAACUUAAGCAAACAUAAUGACUAAAGUAUUACAUAAGUUUUCAGUUCUCUGAAAAAAAUUUUGCAAACAAUUAACUUGUCAGAGUCAUUUUUGACCUUUAUUGAAAAUUUUCAGAAAAGCAACACAUUUGCGACCUAAUUAGAUGAGUUCUCAGUAUACUUUCAUUAAGCCGGUCUGCAAAAAUAACUUUUUUCUUCCUUCUUAUUAUUACGCGUAAUUAGCAUAAAUUUAUGCUUCUGAAUCGAAAUAUAAUAAUAAAAAUUAUGUAUUACAUUAAAAAAUAUUUAUUGCAAGGUCGAACGUUUUUGGAACACUCUGUAUAAUCAAUAUAUUAUUAUUUUUGACUUUCAAUUGUGAGUGUUUGGUUUUGAAUUUAAUUAUUUUUGGCUGAAAAAAAAUUUUGAGAAAUUUCGUUAAAUAAUGUUAGGACCGGUUUAUAGAAGUGUCAUUAAAUUAAUCCGCAAUUAAAUGCGUAAUUAACUGAUCACGUGACCAAAUUGAGGCAAUUUGGUUGGUCCAUUCGCGUUGCUAACUUUUAACAACGAAUUAAAGUUUAACAAAGCUUUCUAUAAACCGGCCCUAAGGAGCGUCAUUAACUUAAUGCGCAAUUAAAUGCGUGAUUAACUGAUCACAUGACCAAAUUAAAGCCAUUUGGUUAAUGCAUUCACGUUGUUAACUUUUAACAACGAAUUAAAAUUUAACAAAGCUUUCUAUAAACCGGCCCUAAGGAGCGUCAUUAACUUAAUGCGCAAUUAAAUGCGUGAUUAACUGAUCACAUGACCAAAUUAAAGCCAUUUGGUUGGUGCAUUCACGUUGUUGACUUUUAACAACGAAUUAAAAUUUAAUGAAGCUUUCUAUAAACCGGCCCUUAGUCUCUCCUUAAAAAAACAAGUUAAUUUAUUCAAAAUUAAAUUUAAAAAACAGGAAUUUAGGUUUUUAAUCAUCAAAAAGUUGCAGCGGUCAUUUUUAUUUUCAUCUUCGAUGAUCGUAGUGGUGUUAAAAUUGAAGCCUUUAGCUUUUUAAAUAAACAAAACGUAUUUUCCGGUUCUUUCAUCGUUUUUACCCUUUGUUGAAACACUUCAAACGAAAGUGGAAAAGUGGGACAGUCACUUUGCCAUUUGUUAUCCAAAACACUCGUAAAAACUUAAUCUGAAGUAAUACUUUGAAAAAUACGGUAAUGAUAAUAAAAGAAUCGUUUUAAUUUUCGUAUUAAUCUUCCUUUUGCUGCGUUUAAUAGGUUCAUUAUAACGGCUGCAGCAUUCGGCCGCCAUAAAUUUUCUUUCCGCAAUAUUUAGCUUAGUGAAAUAAUUUAUGGUGACACUUUGUCGCACUCUUAAAAGAAACAGUAAUUUUAUCGACUAAGUUUGCAAAUUCUCUUGAAAAAGUAACGAAUUUUUCAGCCUUAAUUCCCUUUUUAUGGCACCAUAAAUGAUGUAAUAGUUUAACGCAAUCUUUACCAAACGUUUCGCCAAACUUGAUGGCUUUCUGAAGCGUCUGGAGAUAAAUUUUACAACGCCAUGUAAAUAUGCAGGUGAAGGCAGGUAACCAGACGCCUUUUUUACAUUGAUAUAAAGUAGUUUUGAGUACCAUAAAUCAACUUGUCACAGAAAAAAUUAAUCAAUCAUCGUGGUUGAUUCACCCUACAGUUAUUUUUGUUUCUGGCAAGAGUGGAUUUGCAUAAAAUAUAACUAAAAUAAAUGAAUCGAUCGAAAGCAACAGCUGAAUUUCACCGCAAUCGUGUUCAUCAGAACCUAACUUGGGCAAGAAUUUGGUUUAUUUUUUAUUAUAGUCGUGCCCUUGCGACUUGUUGCUUGUUGUCACAGGAUGAAAAAUGCAUCAAUUGACCUGCUUCCCCAUUCCAAUCAAUUCCAAGUUUAUAUUUCCAUCGAAUUUAUUGUACAUAAGAAACGACUUUGAAAUGUGGGAGCAAAUCACUGGCACCGGCCCUAAAUUAUGAAACGAAUAAACGACAAAGUACAAAAUUGUUUGGUUUUUGCGAUCGAGCGUUUUAUUGGAUCCUCCACAUUCCAGAAAUAAUUAACUGGAAACAGUAGCGAGCGAAAUUUUUCGGAGAUUACCAACGAAAGCCGCAAUAUUUAAAUUGCUUUCUGCAACCAAACAGCACCUGUUUGUUCAAAAUCCAAACGUGCUGUAUUGAUUCGGACAAUUUUAGAAUAACACAUAGGCCUCAUAGUUUGAUGUGAUUUGGUUCCAUUUGUCUCCAAAUGUACUAACACCCUGGAAGCGGGGGUCUUUGAAACAAGUGAUAUUUUAACUUAAUUGUUUGCAUAUUGUAGGGGUAGCUUCUGUCCUUGGUAUGCCUGCGUUUAUACCACUAAUGAAUUAGGAAGUUUGUUUCGUUCGGCAUGACUUUAAUCAUGGUAUAAGCGUGUACAUAUCGUGUAACUUUAUUCAUGAUUUUGUAAAAAAUACCCUUGUAAUUAUUUAUUUUAGGAAUUGAUUUUUAUAAUAGCGAUGUACCUUUCAAUAUAAGUAGUGAAAAAACAAUAAAGAAAAUCCUUAUUUUA